AUGAAUAGGUCCCUAUUAUUUGGUGUUAGGCUAAGCUGCCGUGAUUCAUAUGGUUGGAGUUAUCGUUCCUUCACAAGUACUUCAAAAUGUUUGAGUGAAGAGCCACCUGCUCUUAGUAAACUUAAACGGGGAACCGGUGGGAGGGCAUCAUUUAACGGUAUGGUGGCAACUGUAUUUGGAGCUCCUGGAUACUUGGGGAAAAGUGUAUUAACUCAUCUUGCGAAAACUGGGACCCAGAUUAUAAUUCCUUACAGAAGCGACUUUUACUUGGUUAGAGAUAUCAAAGUCAUUGGAGAUCUGGGGCAAAUUUUAUACAUGCCAUUCAAUCUGGAUGACGAUGAAUGCUUAAGAAAAUCCAUGAAAUACAGUGACAUUGUUAUCAAUUUAAUCGGUACAGAAUUCGAUACCAGGAAUUUUACCAUUGAGCAAGUAAAUAUCGAUGGAGCUGCUCGUAUUGCAAGGAUAUCUAAGGAAAUGGGAGCUAUUGGUGAAGAAGAAGUUCGCCGUGAACGCCCUGAUGCUACAAUUUUCAGACCAGCUGAAAUGUGGGGGCAUAGCGAUCGCUUUUUAUGCUAUUUUGCUUCGAGCCCACGUCGCAUCAAAGCGUUUAACAAGUAUUAUAUUCCCUUAUGGGCUUGUGGAGAGAAGACUAUCAAACAACCUGUUUAUGCAGGUGAUGUUGCACGUGGAAUCAUCAAUUGCUUACACAAUCCAGAGUCUCUUGGACAGACUUAUGAGGCCGUUGGUCCACAUCGUUACCGAUUAGAUGAUAUUGUCAAAUGGAUUUAUUUUGUUUGCCGGUACAUACCUAGGGAGGUAGAGAUUGUGCCAAUGAAUCCUAUAUUGUUAGCACGCAUAUAUGUGCAUGAAAAAAUGGCUCGUUUUUAUCCUUACCUUACUUUUGAGCGUUUGGAACGAGAAAGUGCUACAGAUAUUUUAUCUGGUUGCCCAACACUUGAUGACCUAAAUGUUAAACUAACGAAAUUGGAAGACCGAAUCAAUCAUAUUGUGUAUUUGUAUCGUUGGAGACGUCAUUACUGGGAUGCUGUUGGUGAAUUUCCAGAGCCGCCGACACCACCUAUUCAACUUUCAUAG